UUCGGCACUUUAAUUGUGGUUGUCCGCCUGAUAGUUUGACGUAAAUCGGAGUACAUUUUUAGAAUUUUUUACCUUAGAAAAAUGAAGUUUUUUUCGUUACUUGCGGUGAUUUCGUUAUGUGCUUAUGCGGCCCUAGCCGACGUUUACCUGGAGGAAAAAUUCGACGAUGACUCCUGGGAAAAGAACUGGGUGUACAGUAAACACCCUGGAAAAGAGUUUGGAAAGUUCGUGAGGACUGCUGGCAAGUUCUUCAACGAUGAAGAGGAGGACAAAGGUAUUCAAACUUCCCAGGACGCCCGUUUCUAUGCUUUAAGUAGAAAAUUCAAGCCCUUCAGCACCGAGGGUAAAGAUUUAGUAAUCCAAUUUACUGUCAAACAUGAACAGAACAUUGACUGCGGUGGUGGAUACGUCAAAGUUUUUGACUGUUCCCUUAACGGUGAAGAUAUGCAUGGAGAGAGCCCUUACAGGCUCAUGUUUGGCCCGGACAUUUGCGGUCCUGGGACCAAAAAAGUCCACGUCAUCCUCAACCAUAACGACAAGAACCAUCUGAUCAACAAGGACAUCAGAUGCAAGGAUGAUGAAUAUACCCAUGCCUACACCUUAAUCAUUCAUCCAGAUAACACUUAUCAAGUGUUGAUUGAUAAUGAAGAAGUUGAAAAAGGUGACUUGGAGUCUGAUUGGGACAUCUUGCCACCCAAGAAAAUCAAGGACCCAGAAGCUAAAAAACCAGAAGACUGGGACGACAGGGCCACCAUUCCAGACCCAGAUGACACCAAACCGGAAGAUUGGGACAAGCCAGAGCACAUCCCUGACCCAGCGGCCACCAAACCCGAUGAUUGGGACGACGAGAUGGACGGCGAAUGGGAAGCACCCAUGAUCGAUAAUCCCGAAUACAAAGGCGAAUGGAAACCAAAACAAAUCGAUAAUCCAGCGUACAAAGGUACCUGGGUCCAUCCAGAGAUCGACAAUCCGGAAUACAAACCAGAACCUGAACUGUACAAACAAGAUGAAAUUUGUGGCAUCGGUUUCGAUUUAUGGCAGGUUAAAUCUGGCACCAUUUUCGACAACGUUCUGAUUACCGACGAUGUCGAGUACGCCAAGAAGGCUUUGAGCAAUCUCAAGGAGAAACAAGAGGGAGAGAAAAAAUCAAAAGAAGCGAAAGACAAAGAGGAAGCCGCCGCCAAGGCCGAGGAAAGCAAUAACGAGGAGGAAGACGAUGAGGAGGAUAAUGAGGACAAAGAAGACCUUGUGCCUCAGGUAGAAGAAACCCACGAUGAACUGUAGGUUGUGUAGUGCAUAAAUAAGGAAAAAAAAAGACUUUUUUAUAUUGUUGCGGUGUGCAGUGUUUCUUUAAGGUGUGUAAAUGUUUUUUGACUGAUUUUUUGUUAGUACCUUUCAUUUCUUUUUUUUCUUUUGAUCGUAGCCGAUUUUUGCGCCAAUAUAAAUUAUAUAGAAAAGUGCUCUGAAGUUAAUAUAAAUUUUUAUUUGUUAAGCCCUUCGUUGUACAAACUUUUGCAAUACGCGCGUGUCCGCGUAAGGGUAAUAAUAAAUUGUAUUAUAAUUUUUUUUUAAAUAUAUAGUUUUAUUUAUAAUUAAAUAAAAGUUUAUAUUAAACUUA